AUGGAGGCCACCGAGAGCGCGGCGCCAAGCACGUCGUCACGGCCUCCGUGGGCGCUGGUAUACCCAGCGCAGCUGGGCUUGGCAUCCACGCGGAUUUGGGUCCUGCCUCACCCACGGUCCGGCGCACCCGCCUACUUCGCCCUCUCUGACCAGGAUUCGACUAUGUACGAACUUUUAAGCACGCGGCCGGACAAGGCGGUCAGUCGCAGCUGGUUCCUUGCGCCCUCGUCCUCCGCUCAUACCCCUACCGAUGCUGAUCACGGUUACAUUGUGGAAGACGGUGCAUGGCGUAUCUUUAGUCCUAUCGACCCAGCAUUUGUAUUGCUAGGCAUCCUUGCAUCGACGAACGAUGAGCGACGCAUGCGGCCGCUGGACGAUUGGGCCGAGGCUGCGACCGAGUUUCACGUACGUCGGCGCGCGCAGGCCAUGGCAGCACAGCAAAACAACGAAGAGCGGCACACAUCCUGGCCGGACCUCCCGUUGUUUGUCGCACUGCCUAGCAUGCAUACGCACCUGGAGCGCCUCUGUACGACGCAAGCCGAGCCCAACACGACCGAUGGGCACGUCUACCGGUUGGACUGGUCCAAGAUGCAGGCGUGGCUGAAUACCAAGGUGGAGCGGCUCUGCACACAGGCGACAGAGGCAUUGGAGCCCCAUAUCGCACGCUCACUCCCAGCGUUCCCACGAGACGAAGACAUAGCUCAAGCACGUCGUGCCGUGGCGCGUGCCUGGGUGGAUGCCUACCUACCGCCUGCGGUUGAAGAGCGUUGGCACGCGACGUUCACAUAG